CUGCUCCGUGUCGAAACGGCGAGGCCGCGGAGGGGGCGGGGGAGGAAGCGCCUCGUUUACUCGCCGCGGCGUUCGACGUGGAGCCUGCGGGCGGCGGCGCCUCGGCGGGGCCAGCGAAGCGGACCGGGGCCGGGCGGUGUGGCCGCGGCGCGGCGUAGCGGCUCGACAUGGGGGGCUUUUUCUCCACCAUCUUUUCCAGUUUGUUUGGAACUCGAGAGAUGAGGAUUCUUAUCCUGGGGCUGGAUGGAGCAGGAAAAACAACCAUUCUCUACAGGCUGCAAGUUGGAGAAGUUGUUACCACCAUUCCAACCAUUGGCUUCAAUGUUGAGACAGUGACAUACAAGAAUCUGAAGUUUCAAGUUUGGGACUUGGGAGGACAGACAAGCAUAAGGCCCUAUUGGCGGUGUUACUAUUCAAAUACAGAUGCAGUCAUUUAUGUAGUGGACAGCUGCGAUCGAGACAGGAUUGGGACCUCAAAAUCAGAGCUCGUUGCUAUGUUAGAGGAAGAAGAGUUGAAGAAAGCCAUUUUGGUGGUGUUUGCAAAUAAGCAGGACAUGGAACAGGCCAUGACUCCCACAGAAAUGGCAAACGCACUUGGCUUACCAGCUUUGAAGGACCGAAAAUGGCAGAUAUUCAAAACAUCCGCAACUAAAGGCACAGGACUUGAUGAAGCAAUGGAAUGGUUGGUGGAGGCCCUGAAGAGCAGGCAGUGAUACAAAGGUGGCCACUGCAAAGAAGUUUCAGCGAUAUCCAACAUCCCCCUUUCUGCAGGCAAGUGUUUUCAAGCCACAAAUACUUGUAAAUAGGACAGAUUUGACUCCUGCAAUGUGGACGCCUCCCUUGAAUUGUGAAACUGAACCACGUGAAUGUCUGUGUACAUUAUAAUAUUCCAUUUCUUUAUUUCUGUUUAAAAGAUGUACUUAUGUUAAUUUGUAUGAAAGUCUUACUGGCCAGGAAAGUGGGCUUUUUUUUUGUUUUGUUCCUCCCUGUGCCCCUUCCAUGCACCCUUGAUGGUUUUGAGUGGCUACUAUAUUUGUGCAAUUAAAACACUAAUAAAAUCUGGAACUGUCA